AUGUUGGGAUUCCUGGAGGGCAAAGCCACACCAUCUUGGGGAAUUGAUUCGCCCAGUAUAAACCUCGAAUAUGUCAACCGCAAACUCGAAGCUUUUGCUCGCGACCCUUCUCUGUGCCGUCGAAUACUUGUGAUCAAAUCCCCUCGAACUCCUAACACGCCUCCUUACCCUGAUCCAAUGGUUCCCUCUACUUUCUACCGAACUUGGGCGGAACACAAAGCUCGAGAAAUGCAGUACCUCGAACCGAAGAUCGAUCAUCGUUUGAGUAUCGACGACCUCGAUUAUUGGCGUACAGAGGCCCAAUGCUACAUGUCUUUGCUAGGGGAUCUUGCAGAUCUCGAGCGUCAAAAUAUUGAUGAAUGGAUGUACUGGAGAACAGAAGCAACGUUUUGGAAGGAAGCAUGCUGCACCGACGAGCGUACUGCGGAUCGGUGGUACGUCGAGAACAUACAAUAUUGGAAAACGGAAGUCCUGCACCUAGCAAAGGUGUUCAAGAACAACCCUCAAACCCCAAACAUACGGGAUCAUAUCUACGAUGCGAACUACUGGAAGACCGAGACUUUCCAUUACGAUGACCUGCUCCCAAAGCGACGCAGUCCGACCUUCGAAGACCAGAUAGCGAAAUCUACUCUCCAACAGAACCCAAAUUUCGAAGCAUACAAUGCUUUGACAUUAGAGCAUAACAACAAGUUUGGUUGCCCUCCAACUAUCAUUCUGCACAUGAAAGACAGUGUGGAGGAUUCACACCGCACGCCCGAACUGACGCUACUGCGAAAGGCAUGUCUUACUAUUACUCUAGACGACCUGCCGUACGAUUCCUGCGAAGGCUGGGCUUGUGAGAACGACUAUCUGGCGGAGCAAACAGACGAUACCAUGACCGAUAGCGGUAGCUUCAUCAAAGUCCCAAAUCCGGAAGAAGAAGAAAGGAUGCGGAAAGCGGCCGAGGAGUCUCAAAGAAGGCGCGAAGAGGCUAGGAAGAAGCGAGAGAUGGAAGAGGCCAUGAGGAAGGCCGGCGAAAAUUCCCAACAGCGUCGACGCGAAGGGGCGGGCGGCGCUGCUGGUGCUGCUGGUGCUGCUGGCUGA